AUGUUUGAUAUACUUGCACCACAUCUUAAAGGUCUUACGGAAGACCUUAAUGAUGAAAUUAAAUAUCAAAAGUUUAAACACGGUAUUAAAGAAGUUAAAGAAUUUUUAGAAAAACUUGCUAAUAGAGGAAAAGUUGAUCCUUUAAGCAGUAAUUUUGCCCAAUAUCUUGAUGAAAAUGAUAAAUUAAAAUAUUUAAGAUAUGAAUUUUCCAUUCCUAAAUCUCGUGAUAUUGUUACUGAUAAAGUUGAGGCGUUAAGUCCCGAAGAAGAGUGCAUGUAUUUUUGUGGUAAUUCACUUGGAUUAAUGCCAAAGCGUGCAAGAGAAUUGAUUAGUCAAGAACUUGACGUAUGGGCUUCAUCAGGAGUUGUUGGUCAUUUUAAACAUAAACAUAAUCGACCGUGGGUAUCCAUUGAAGACACUGUUGUAGAAAAGAUGGCAGAUAUAGUUGCAAAACCUAUUGAGAUUGCUAUUAUGAAUACUCUUACUUCGAAUUUACAUCUACUUAUGGCAUCAUUUUAUACACCAAAUACAAAAAAGACUCAUCCCGCUAAAGAAUUGAUCAAGGUGACACCACCUGAAGGAGAAAGUGUUGUACCACUUAAUUCCAUUCUUGAGAUCAUUGAGAAAGAAGGUCACACCAUUUCUUUGGUAUUGUUUAGCGGAGUUCAUUAUUAUACUGGACAAUUCUUUAAAAUGAAAAAGAUUACUCAAGCUGCUCAAAGAAAGGGAUGUAUUGUGGGAUUUGAUUUAUCUCAUGCUGUUGGUAAUGUUGUUCUCAAACUUCAUAAAUGGGGAAUUGAUUUUGCAGCAUGGUGUUCUUAUAAAUAUUUGAAUUCUGGACCUGGAGGUAUCGCUGGUAUCUUUCUCCACGAAAAACAUGCCAACGAUUUCAAUCGUCCGAGGUUGGCAGGAUGGUGGGGUUCGGAACGGAAAUCAAGAUUUAAAAUGGAUCAACAAUUCAAGCCAAUUCCUGGAGCAAGUGGAUUUCAAGUAUCUAAUCCAUCAGUAUUGAACGUAGUAUCAUUAUUGGCAAGUUUGGAAUUAUUUUCAAGAACGAGUAUGGUCAAUCUACGUGCUAAAUCUAUAUUACUUACAGGAUAUUUAGAAUAUUUAUUAGAUAAACAGUUAAAUGGAUUAGGAUUUAAAAUUAUUACACCACGUGAUCCACAUCAAAGAGGAUGUCAACUUUCAUUAAAAUUUUUUGAGCGCAGUGUACAAGAGAAAGUUCAUAAAGAAUUAAUGAGUUACGGAGCAGUUGUCGAUGAGCGAAGUCCUGAUAUCAUUAGAAUUGCCCCAAAUCCUAUGUAUAACAAUUUUUCAGAAGUAUUUCGUUUCGUUAGAGCCCUUAAAGUUGUUAUAGGUGAUAUAGGGGUAAAAGAUUAA